GGCUUCUCCUCGCGCCUCCAUGGCGGCUCGCGCGCUCUCCCGCACGCUCACGCUCACUGCUCGCAGCAUCCUCAGACCAUCCGUUUCAGCUGGUGCAUCCGCUGUCAGGACUUUUUCUGGCAGAGCUCCUCUCCCUGAACCCACUUGGAAGCAGCAGGACAACCUUGACAAUGUAGUCCCCACCAACCUGGAUCAGGCCACCGGUCUCGAGAGAGCAGAAAUGUUGGCAGAAAUGAAUGGAGAAAAGAUUUUUGACGAGCACAUGAUUACUCCUUUUGGUACCAAGGAGAAUCCUGUCGUUAUAGAGUCUAUUUUUGACGAACGCAUUGUUGGAUGCCCUGGCGACUGUGCCAGCGGUGAUACUCGUAACAACAAUGAAAUCCGCUGGUUUCUUGUCACCUCAAAAGAGCCCUUUGUGUGCCCAACUUGCAAUCAGGUUUACACAUUGAAGAAGAUCGAGCCAAGGGUGUACAACUUCUGAUUAGGCUCACCUGUGCAAAUCGUGCAAACUUGAUGAUAUCAAGUUUGAUUGUGGGAGAGUUCGUAUAGGAUGGCUUAGAUUCUGAAUGAUGUAGAUUACAUCUACAUCAUCUCAAGGAGGCAGGUUUAAAGCUCGUGCAGUAGAAGAUUAUUACUUCUUUGACAAUGAAAUGUAGAAUUAUGGUUUAGUAGAUCCUUGAAAUGUAAUACAUCUCGAAACCAC